AUGACCACGCAAGUAGAGAGCCAUAUCCAGUACAACCACUCGUACAUGAUGACCGAAGAGUACAUGCAGCAGGAGGAGGACUGGGACCGGGACCUGUUGCUGGACCCCGCCUGGGAGAAGCAGCAGAGGAAGACAUUCACGGCCUGGUGCAACUCCCACCUGCGCAAGGCAGGCACCCAGAUCGAGAACAUUGAGGAGGAUUUCCGCAAUGGGCUGAAACUUAUGCUGCUGCUGGAGGUGAUCUCGGGUGAGCGGUUGCCAAAGCCGGACAAGGGCAAGAUGCGUUUCCACAAGAUCGCCAAUGUCAACAAGGCCCUGGACUUCAUUUCCAGCAAGGGGGUCAAGCUGGUCUCCAUCGGGGCUGAGGAAAUUGUGGACGGGAAUCUGAAGAUGACUCUGGGGAUGAUCUGGACAAUUAUCCUGCGCUUCGCCAUCCAGGACAUCUCAGUGGAAGAGACCUCAGCCAAGGAGGGGCUGCUGCUGUGGUGCCAGAGGAAGACGGCUCCGUACCGGAACGUCAAUGUGCAGAACUUCCACAUCAGCUGGAAGGACGGGUUGGCCCUGUGCGCUCUGAUCCACCGCCACCGGCCUGACCUCAUCGAUUAUGCCAAGCUCAGAAAGGAUGACCCCAUCGGGAACCUCAACACGGCCUUUGAGGUGGCUGAGAAGUACCUCGACAUCCCCAAGAUGCUGGAUGCUGAAGAUAUUGUCAACACACCCAAGCCAGACGAGAAAGCCAUCAUGACCUACGUGUCCUGCUUCUACCAUGCCUUUGCUGGAGCAGAGCAGGCCGAGACGGCUGCAAACAGGAUCUGCAAGGUGCUGGCUGUCAAUCAGGAGAACGAGAAACUGAUGGAGGAGUACGAGAAGCUGGCAAGCGAGCUGCUGGAGUGGAUCCGGCGCACCAUCCCAUGGCUAGAGAACCGCGUGGCAGAGAAGAGCAUGAGCGCCAUGCGGCGCAAGCUGGAGGAUUUCCGGGACUAUCGCCGAGUCCACAAACCACCCCGCGUGCAGGAGAAAUGCCAGCUCGAGAUCAACUUCAACACCCUGCAGACCAAGCUGCGCCUCAGCAACCGGCCUGCCUUCAUGCCCUCCGAGGGCAAGAUGGUGUCGGAUAUCGCCAACGCCUGGAAGGGGCUGGAGCAGGUGGAGAAGGGCUAUGAGGAGUGGCUGCUGACCGAGAUCCGCCGCCUGGAGCGCCUGGAGCACCUGGCUGAGAAGUUCAAGCAGAAGGCGACGCUGCACGAGUCCUGGACCAGAGGGAAGGAGGAAAUGCUUUCGCAGAGGGACUAUGAGUCGGCCUCACUCAUGGAGGUUCGGGCGCUGAUGCGCAAACACGAGGCCUUUGAGAGCGACCUGGCUGCCCACCAGGACCGCGUGGAGCAGAUCGCCGCCAUCGCCCAGGAGCUUAACGAGCUGGACUACCAUGAUGCCGCCUCGGUGAACUCCCGCUGCCAGGCCAUCUGUGACCAAUGGGACACGCUGGGCACCCUGACCCAGAAGAGGAGGGACGCGCUGGAGCGGGUGGAGAAGCUGCUGGAGACCGUCGACCAGCUGUACCUGGAGUUUGCCAAGAGAGCCGCCCCCUUCAACAACUGGAUGGAUGGCGCCACCGAGGACCUGCAGGACAUGUUCAUCGUGCACAGCAUUGAGGAGAUCCAGAGCCUGAUCACGGCCCAUGAGCAGUUCAAGGCCACGCUGCCCGAGGCCGACAAGGAGCGCAUGGCCAUCCUAGGCAUCCAGAACGAGAUCCAGAAGAUCGCCCAGACUUACGGCAUCAAGCUGAGCGGGGUGAACCCCUACACCAACCUCUCGCACCUCGACAUCGCCAGCAAGUGGGACACGGUGAAGCAGCUGGUGCCACACCGAGACCAGACGCUGCAGGAGGAGCUGGCGCGGCAACAGGCCAAUGAGCGGCUGCGGCGCCAAUUCGCUGCCCAGGCCAAUGUCUUGGGGCCCUGGAUCCAGACCAAGAUGGAGGAGAUUGGGCACAUCUCAGUGGACAUCAGUGGCUCCCUCGAGGACCAGAUGAACCAUCUCAAGCAGCAGGAGCAGAACAUCAUUAACUACAAGGCCAACAUCGACAAGCUGGAGGGCGACCACCAGCUCAUCCAGGAGGCCCUGGUCUUUGACAACAAGCACACCAGCUACACUAUGGAGCACAUCCGGGUGGGCUGGGAGCAGCUGCUGACGACGAUCGCCCGAACCAUCAACGAGGUGGAGAACCAGAUCCUGACCCGCGAUGCCAAGGGCAUCAGCCAGGAGCAGAUGAACGAGUUCCGGGCGUCCUUCAACCACUUUGACCGGAAGAGGAACGGGAUGAUGGACCCUGAUGACUUCCGUGCCUGCCUCAUCUCCAUGGGCUAUGACCUGGGUGAGGUGGAGUUUGCCCGGAUCAUGAUGCUGGUGGAUCCCAACAGCACGGGCGUGGUGACGUUCCAGGCUUUCAUCGACUUCAUGACCCGCGAGACGGCCGAGACCGACACGGCUGAGCAGGUCGUGGCCUCCUUCAAGAUCCUGGCAUCAGACAAGAACUACAUCACCGUGGAGGAGCUGCGGCGGGAGCUGCCCCCGGAGCAGGCCGAGUAUUGCAUCAGCCGCAUGACAAAGUACAGCGGGGCUGACACAGUGUCAGGCGCAUUGGACUAUGUCUCCUUCUCCAGCGCCCUGUACGGGGAGAGCGACCUGUAA